UGCCAGAGCCGCCCUGAGCCGGACGGGCUCGGAAGCCGGGCGUCGCUGCCGCCGCUGGAGCCGUCCUCGCGUCACCUCGGCUGGAGGACUGGCCGCGGAGCGCCGCGAGUCGCCGAGCGCGCCGGGAGGCACCGCGCGCCUUUGUCGCCGAGACAGCCCACUUGAGGAUACUGACCCUAAAGACUCCUGUCACAUUCCAAGAAACAUCAUGGCUGAGCCAGACUAUAUAGAAGAUGACAAUCCUGAACUAAUUAGGCCCCAGAAGCUGAUCAAUCCUGUCAAAAUGUCCCGAAACCACCAAGACCUCCACAGAGAGCUACUUAUGAAUCAAAAAAGGGGUCUUGCCCCCCAGAAUAAACCAGAAUUGCAGAAGGUGAUGGAAAAGAGAAAACGAGACCAAGUAAUAAAGCGGAAGGAAGAGGAAGCACAAAAGAAGAAAUCUGACCUGGAAAUAGAGCUGUUAAAACGGCAGCAGAAGUUGGAGCAGCUUGAGCUUGAGAAGCAGAAGUUGCAGGAAGAGCAAGAAAAUGCCCCGGAGUUUGUGAAGGUGAAAGGCAAUCUCAGGAGAACCGGCCAGGAGGUGGCCCAGGUCCAGGAGUCCUAGGCCCAGGCUUCCAGCUGGGGAAUCCCUGCCAUCACUGCAGGAGCUGUGUUUAGAUGCCUGUGCAGCACUCACCUUGGGCCAAAGCCCCAGAGGGAGAGAGUCCAGCCAGCUGAGAAUCGUGACCAUUAAAAAUGAUUGGACUUCAUUAUCAUCUGGGUGGACUGAUUGUGAUGGUUGCAGUUCCCAUUCGCCAAAUGAAAGACAUUGACCAGCUCAUGUUUGAAUCAUGGACCUGUGUUUAGAGACCUCAAACAAAAACAAAAACAAAACAAGCAAAGAGAAAUAGGAAGAGGACACUGGAGUAAAUGUUUGAGAGUUUACUAUUCAGUUUUUCUUCCAAGUUUCACGGGCACAGAGCCUUGUUUCUUUUAAAACCUGAAGAAAUUGCCUUGAAUUCUUCCUUUGGUUAGCUGUGAGAUAAUUCAGACUGCAUCAAAAUGCAUUUAAUUUGUUACAUCCAAUAUUUGUAAAUUUUAUUUUGAGAAUCCAAAAUUUCCUCAGUCAACUUAUACUUUCCUCUGUGUUACAGAUUAGGACCAGAGACUGUUAAUAUUAGUGUUGAGCUACGGCUAUUACCUUGAUUGGCACUGAAAUUCAGAAAUAGGAUAAAAGGUUUGAAAAACAUAUCAACAUCUAUCACGAGCCCAUUAUAAUUCCUCUAGGCCCUCUGUGUGACAGUAUACUACAUGCUCAUGUUCCAUUUCUAAGAAUACACAUCCUGCCAAGUUGUUUAGUGUUUUGUUAACAGGUUUUCUACUCAGUUUCAGUUUUACAUUUCUUGCUCAGCUAGUUCUUUUAGAUGAAACAGUUCCUCAGUGCUUUGGAGAAUGGAGCUAGUAUGUAUGAUCUAGCUUCUGCAUCCAGUGUCCUUUGAUUUGUCCUGAAAGCUGUGUAGAGGAUAUUCCCAUUAGGAGCUGGGGGAUGAGGUUUUAAAAUAUUGUAUCUGGUAUAAGUAUAGAUGGGUUUCUAGGAGGCACUACUAGAAACUUUAUGGUUGAUACAUUCUGAAUAUCAUUGAAUUCUGGGCUUUGAAAGUUUCUGAGUAAUGAUCGUAUUUCUCCUGCCUUGCCCUUUUGCUUUUUCUUGUGAGGAAUGACUGGUGCUCUCUCAGUGUGAUGCUGUGGUAAGGAUGGUAUUGAUGACUACUAUAUCACAUCUCUCAGGAAAAGCUGAGGUGCUGGGCGAGUUGGCUCAGUUUCCUUUUGCUAGCUAGCAUGCUGUUGAAAGAGACAUCCAAAUUACAAACAACAGCAAAAUUCUCUUGCAAGAUAUAUUUUAUACUGCAGACGUGGGAGGAUUAUUUUGUAUUUAGUAUGUUCUCCAUAGAGAUAAUUUAACUGGCAAUUUCUAUACUUAAGAUGUCUGUUUGCUUUCACAAAACAUAGAACGCUGCGUGCAGAGCUUUGGAAUAUGAGCUCUCUGUGGGAAUGCUUCUGUUAGGUAGGUAAGAGGCCCACAUUUCGUGCAGACGUGAAUAAGAGAAAAUGGAGGGUAAAAUAACACUAGUUAGAGAAAGAUGUUGGUUGAUGACACCGGAAAUGGAUUCUUGGUUCCAUUGGCAAGUGUAUGAGGUACUGAAGAUGGAACAGUUUGAUCUGGAGGACUGGAGUGGUGAUGACUGUUUUCUCGUUCUUCCUUUUGAGAGAAGAAAGUGACCAUGUUGAAAAACAAAACUAUCUCCCGAUUGCACACUGACUGGAGCUCUUCCUCUGUGUGCACGGAGGAAUGAUGUCAUGGGGAAGGCAAAGAUUUGGGGCUGGCUCAUACCUUGUUAUCUACCUGGAAGCCAGAUCUUCAGAUGUGAAUCCUGAAAGCAGGUCUGCCACUUGAUACAAUCUUUUUGAGCCCUCAUCAACUCCUGCAGAAGGAACUGUUCUGUUCCUAGGACUACCUAGGACUACCUAGGACUCCUGUCAGUAGGAAACAGUUAAGUACAAAUACAUUUCCUUCCUCAUCCCACUCAGACCUGCAAGCCUGCUUGGUAGUUACUGCUACAAAGUCUGGCCAAAAGAAGACUUGUAAACAGCAUGAAGUGAUGGCUUAUGCUAGAUCCUGGCGCGUACAGGUAGUGAGGCUCUUAGGACCCAGCUGAUGAGCUGAGCUCAGGAGCCCUCGUCUAAAAGAGCUGAUGUUCUUUCCUUGUACCUAAUGCUAUAGUCCAGACCCCGAGGACUCAUCAGCAUCUAAACAGUUUUGUGCUUUCAGCCACUUUUAGGGAAAAAAAAAUGGCUCAAUUUUUCCAUUCUGUAGCUUUCUUAAAAUAGUUCCGUGUUUAUAGUUUUCUGGUAGUAAAGUAGGGUUGCUUUCGAAGCUAUAACCGUUGACUUUAUUCUUCUACUCAAAAUCUUGACCUGUUUGAGUGUACAUAAUAUAUAUAAAGGGAGCCUUAAUGGAUUUGUUUUCAUAAUUUAAUAUUUUUUGUAUUUGCUCUUGUAUAAUUGUUUUUAAUGGAAAGUAUUACUGAAUCGAGGGUGGAAUUCUUAGAACCAAAGUUAUUCUUAAUAAAAAUCACCACGUGCUUGGACCAUG